AUGUUUAUCAAGUGUAGGCUGGACUCAUUUUUCGCAUGUAUGGCUCGGAGAACAGUAUAUUUCAUUGCAAUAUUUCUUGCUCUUUCAUCGUGUUUGUCUGCUCGAUUUGCUUAUGGACAAAUCACAGAUCCCCUGGAAGUUUCCACUUUACUAGCAGUUCGUCGCCAACUAACUGACCCCAGGAAAAAUCUUAAAAAUUGGGAUAAGAUGAAAGACCCGUGCGCCUCGAAUUGGACUGGUGUGAUAUGCUACAGAAACAAAAGUGAUGGUUAUAUGCAUGUUCAAGAAUUGCGCUUGAUGCAUUAUAACCUCUCUGGUAUAUUAGCUCCUGAGCUUGGUCAGCUAGUUCAUAUGAAAAUAUUGAGCUUUAUGUGGAACAAUAUCAGUGGCAGCAUUCCGAAGGAGAUUGGCACCAUUACUGAUCUUAAGCAACUGCUUUUGAGUGGAAAUCAACUAUCGGGGCCAUUACCCGAUGAACUUGGUUAUCUUCCAAACUUGAUUAAACUUCAGUUGGACUUGAACCAAUUAUCUGGAUCAAUCCCAAAAUCAUUUGUAAACUUGCCCAAAGUUCAACAUUUCCACAUGAACAACAAUUCAUUUAGCGGGCAGCUUCCUCCUGAGCUUUCGGCCCUUCCACUUCUUAAACACUUCCUAUUGGAUAACAACAAGUUAACAGGAUAUCUCCCACCAGAGUAUUCAGAAAUGCCGAGCUUGACAAUUCUUCAGCUUAACAAUAAUAACUUUGAGGGGAAUGUGAUUCCCGACACUUAUGGAAACAUGUCCAAGCUCAUAAAGUUGAGUCUAAGGAACUGUAAUUUGCAAGGAAAAGUACCUGAUCUCAGUGGCAUACGAAGCCUUCUCUACUUAGAUCUUAGCAAGAAUCAACUUACGGGAAAGAUACCAGUAAACCGACUUUCUGACAAUAUCACAACCAUUAAUCUGUCAAAGAAUCAGCUUAAUGGAUCUAUUCCCUCCAAUUUCUCUGGACUUCCUCAUCUCCAGAAACUGAGGUUGAAUAAUAAUUUGAUGAGCGGAUCUGUUCCAUCUACCAUUUGGAAGGAUAGAACUUUUACUUCUGACUCAAAACUUGAAAUAAAUUUUCAAGACAAUCUACUUUCAGACAUUUCUGGUGUCCUGGAAGUCCCUCCAAAUGUGACAUUAAUGCUUCAUGGAAAUCCUGUUUGUCGAAAUGCAACUCAGAGGAACAUCGGUCAUCUUUGUGGGUCUGAUAACGGAGAUGAAAAUACAGCCACCGUGAACAAGCCAGUGCUAACUUGUCCAUCUUCUUGUCCUACUUGCUUCGAAUAUGUCCCAGGAUUACCGGAUAAAUGCUUUUGUGCAAUACCUUUUGGGGUUGGACUCCUGCUGAGAAGUCCUAGCAUAUCUGACUUUCCUCCAUAUCGAGAUCAAUUCAACGAGUACAUAAUAGGAAAUGUUAAGUUGUAUCCUUAUCAGCUUUUCAUUGACUCACUAGCUUGGGAAGAGGGUCCAAGGCUAAGAAUGUUCUUGAAGUUCUUCCCUCAGUUAAACAAUGAUUCUCAUACAUUUAACGAUAGUGAGAUUCAACGGAUUGCAGACAUAUUUGCUACCUUCGUUAUACCUGGGAAUGAUACAUUUGGCCCUUAUGAUCUGCUUAAUUUUACUGUCAGUGGACCUUAUUCGAACAUGCCACUCCCAUCUUUAAAGAGUAAAGGAAUGAGCGAAGGCGCCUUGGCUGGAAUUGUGUUGGGGUCCAUCUUCUGUGCCAGCAUGGUACUUUUAGGUGUCGUACUUUUAUUCUUAAAGAAGCAUCAGCAGCUCCCACUCAAUGCUGUGAAAGAUAAAUCAUUCGGAAAAGUUACAAUAAUAAUGGAUGGAGUGAAAGCACUCGGCUUUAAAGAGUUGCAAGCAGCAACAAGCAGAUUUAGCAUUGCUACUCAAGUUGGCGAAGGAGGCUACGGAAAGGUCUUUAAAGUCGGAUAUUGUGAUGAGGAUGAGGAACAGAUGUUGGUGUAUGAGUUCAUGCCAAAUGGCUCAUUACAUGACCUCCUAUCUGCUAGAUAUAGAUCACCUCUAAGUUUUGCGACAAGAUUGCAUAUUGCACUAGGUUCGGCAAGAGGCAUUCUUUACCUCCAUACAGAAGCUGAUCCUCCUAUCAUUCAUCGCGAUAUCAAGGCAAACAACUUAUUGUUGGACUCCAAGUGGACAGCCAAAGUAUCUGAUUUUGGAAUCUCGAGGCUUGCACCAAUAUCAGAUGUAAAAGGUGUUACAGAAGCACAUAUCUCCACCAAUGUGAAAGGAACACCGGGUUAUCUUGAUCCAGAAUACUUUUUGACCCAGAAGUUAACAGAGAAAAGCGAUGUUUAUAGCCUUGGUGUAGUAUUUCUAGAACUCUUAACAGGGAUGCAGCCUAUAUCUCAUGGAAGGAACCUUGUGAGAGAGGUUAACAUAGCAUGUCAAUCUGGAACGAUGUUUUCCCUCAUAGACGAGAGUAUGGGGCCAUAUCCUUCAGACUGUAUAAAGAAAUUUAUGCAAUUGGCCAUCAGGUGUUCUCAAGAUGAAACAAAGGAUAGACCUUCUAUGUUGGAAGUGGUGAGAGAGCUCGAAAACAUAUCUUCAGCGCUUCCAGAAUGUGACAACACUGCAUUGGAGUUAAACUUAAAUACCGUAACUUCUGAAUCCUCACCCUCGGCCUCAGCUCCAUCUUCUUCAGUCUACUCUAAAACUCAUACUUAUGUCUCCAACAAUCUCCGUGGAAGUAACCUUGUUAGUGGCUUCUUCACAACCAUCAAGCCUCGUUGA